AUGACACCUGUCUCUUUGGGAGUAAUAAAGGCUUCAUUUACCGAAAGCGCAAAAUAUCUGGUUAUUCUAAAGAGAUUUUGUAAGCUUGCUGAGGGUUAUGGCAAAAAUAUUGUCGAAUAUUCGGGUCCACAUAUUUUCCUAGUCACUAGUGAUCCGGUCAUCAUUAAGGAUAUUCUAUCUUCAAAGCUGUGUGUGUCUAAACCAGAUCUUGUGUAUGAUGGUCUAACAAAUGCCUGGGGAAAAGGUCUAAUAACUCUGCAAGGCACCCAGUGGGCUCAUCAACGAAGAAUCCUUAAUGGCUCUUUUAAAAAUGCAAAUUUGCAAGCAUUUGUGCCGGUAUUCAAUAAAAAAUUAGAUAUAAUGUUCAAGAAUAUCGACGAUGAUAUUGCCAAGGGCCAAAAUACAUCACUACUUCAUUAUAUGCGCGAAAUGACACUGCGAAUAUCUUUUGAGACUGUGAUUGGAAGAGAUUUGGAUAAAACCGAAUAUGACGUGAAACACAUGGCGGAGAUUGUUUCAAAGACCUUGGAAUUUUCGGGAGACUUUACUAGCAACUUCAUAUAUCUAGUUGGAAUUGUACGUGUAAUUGCAAAAAUGACAAAAUACAAAAUUGCCGCUAGCUUGAUUGUUGAAUUUAACAAUAUCAUUUUAAAGUCAAUGGAAAAUUACAAACGACUACAAGGAAUCGACCCAAGUUAUAUCGAAAAUUCCGAAUAUACAGCCUUGGAGAACGUAGUCACAGCGAUUCAAAGAAAUGAGACCGUAAAAGAAGAUACCUUAGGACCAUUGUUGCAUGUUUUCUUGGGCGCAUUCGAAACAAGCUCUUCGACUCUCUACUAUAUCAUACUUUUGCUGGCCACACAUCCUGAUGUUCAACAGCAAGCAUACGAAGAGGUAUGCAAUAUCUUUCCAGAAGAUGAUGAGGGCAUUUUUGAGGUGACCUAUGAGCAAUUGGGUCAUCUGAAAUACAUUGAGAUGGUGGCAAAUGAGGCAAUGAGAAUUUGGCCCAUAAUACCACAAGUGGGACGUAAGGUUGUGGGUGGCAAUUUAAAGCUGAGCAAUGGCGUAGUAUUGCCUGAGGGCCUAAGAAUUAUGAUAGACAUUUAUAAUGUGCAUCGUAGUAAGGAAAUAUGGGGUCCCGAUGCUCACAAAUUCAAUCCAGAUAAUUUUCAGCGUUGCAAUGUUGAAGCGAGACAUCCGUAUGCAUUCAUUCCUUUUACAAAGGGUAUUCGAACUUGUAUAGGCAUGAAAUACUCAAUAAUCAAUAUUAAAAUUGCUUUGGCCAAAUUGCUCAAGAGGUAUAGAUUUUCAACGAGGGCGAAGAUGGAAGAUUUUGUUUUUGAAAAUCACAUUGUUCUACAAUUAAUGCAGCAUCCAAAUAUAAAAAUUGAAAAAAGGAAAAUGUCUGAAAAUAGAUAA